AUGGAACCUCAAAAGAAACACGCAGAUCCUCUCCCCUCUUCCACCGAGAAGCCAGCUGAGAACCCACCAGAGCCUGAAACCACAUUCGAGCGGCCCGAUAGCAUACAUGAGCGGUCAGCCGAUGUAUCAACUCUAGAGCACACACCCGAGCAGCCUGUCGAUCCUCCUGCUGAUCCCGAUCACGCGGUGGUCAACUGUGUGAUUGUGGAAGACCAAAAAGAAAGCGACUACGAGAGCUGUACGGAGUUUCCAAAAGUUGACGAUGAUGAACAAGAUUCCGUAAAUCCUGAACCAGCGCUGAGACGAAGUCAGCAAACUCAAGCAGCAAACAAAGAGCUACUCAGCGGCUCGAUUGAUCGCGAAAGGGUGUUCCCAAAGACCAGACUAGACUACUGGGAAACCUAUGCUCCGGUGGCCAAAAUGGAGAGCGUUUGUACCGUCUUGGCCUUGGCAAACGAACAGUACAUGAUCGUUCAUCGGAUGGACGUAAAAACUGCAUUUCUCAACGGAAAUUUUGAAGAGGUUAUCUUCAUGCAGUUGCCAAAUGACGAAAUCGGCAAAUCGAAGGUCGUUCGGCUGCAGAAAAGCCUGUACGGCUUGAAACAAGCGGGUCGUGCUUGGAAUCAGCGAUUCGACGACGAGAUACGAAAAUUUGGUUUCGUUCCGUUGAAGAGUGACAGCUGCGUUUACCGAUCCUGCAGCGAGGACUCACAUUCUGUACGUGGAUGA